AUGCUAUCAAUUGUUCUCGUGGCUGGACUAGCCUCCCUGGCUUCAGCUCAUGGCACUGUCAGUGGUAUUGUAGCAGAUGGAGUAUAGUAAGUCUUCACGAAGCCACAUAGUUUUACAUGUCCGCUGACUUUGAUCGGGCUAGCUUCACAGGCUACAACCCAUCCUUCCAAUAUCAGUCACCGGCACCUAUUACAGUUGGGUGGAAGAUCCCCAAGGAUCUCGAUAAUGGGUUUGUAGCACCAGCUGCCUACGGUACUGGCGAUAUCAUCUGCCACGUGGAUGCAGGUACGGGAAUCUAAUUAUAUGAAAUGUCAAUAAAGUUUAAUAACAGGUUGCAGGAAAUGCACAAACAGCUGCACCUAUCACUGCCGGCCGCAAAGUUAAUCUGCAAUGGACUGUAAGUACCCCAUGGGUCUUGUUCUCGACUUUGAGUAUCGCUCUAGCGGUGUUAAAUACUUCUUGCUCCGAAUGAUGAGACUCCCACAUAUUCUUAGCAAGGAGGAUGCUAACCUCCAUUCUUUCCACAGCCAUGGCCAGAUUCCCACAAAGGAGCCGUAAUCGACUACCUGGCAAACUGCAACGGCCCCUGCGAAACCGUCGACAAAUCCACUUUGAAAUGGUUCAAAAUCAGCGAGGCCGGCCUAAUCAACAAAAGCGUUACCAACGGCUUCUGGGCCACCGAUCAACUUAUCGCGAAUAAUAUGACAUGGACAGUCACAAUCCCCUCCUCCAUCGCAACAGGCAACUACGUUCUCCGACAUGAAAUCAUUAGUUUGCAUUCUGCUGGUAACGCAGGAGGUGCGCAGAAUUACCCACAAUGUCUGAAUCUGGCGGUCAGGAGUUUCGGUAGUGAUAAACCAGCUGGAAUUCCUGCGACGAGCUUCUAUACUGCCAAUGAUCCGGGGAUCAAAUUUGAUUUGUAUUCGACACUUACGACUUAUACUAUUCCUGGCCCGACGAAGUAUACUGGUGCUGUUACGGUUUCUCAGACUAUGCCGCCAAAACCGACUGCGAGCUCGACUGGGGUGUAUACCGUGUUUUAA